GAGAGGGGCUCGGGCAGGAGUUGGCGGAGCGGGCUGGGCUGGGCAUCGCCGGGGGGGGGGUGUCGGAAAGAGACUGUGGAGGAGCAGCGGAGUCGGUUCCCAAAGGCCCCUGUGUGUGUCUGCGCUUGUGAGCGAACGGGACGGACAGAAGUCGCUGGGACUUCUCCCUUGGAGUUUCUGUGCCGAGAAUCUGAUGUUGGGCUCGGCUACCUGGCUGAAUACAGCAGAUCAGCCCAUGAAAACUUCUAUUCCUAGCCAAAGGAAGGAGUCCAGCAAAAGGCAGCACCUACUCUUUCAGGCUUGGAAGCAAGAAAGGGGGCAAGAGUUGGAGAGUGUGGAAUCUGAGAAGACAACUGAAAGGUGACAUUAAAGUUGAAGAUGGGUGGUGGAGAAAGAUUCAACAUUCCAGUUCCCCAGUCUAGAAAUACCACCAAGAACCAUCAACAACUUAAAAACAGACAGAAGAAUAAAGACCAGAAUUCACAGAUGAAGACCUACAUGAAGAAAGAAAGAGGACAUGGAUGCAAUUCAUCAUCUGGUGCAUGGCAGGCCAUGCAGAAAGGGGGAAAGAGCAACGUUCAUUUCCCCAAUAAUCAAAAUUGGAGUCCUGCUUUAGCGAAUCACAACCUGUUUUUCACACCUCAAACCAACCAGAACUAUGCUGGAGCAAAAUUCAGUGAGCCACCCUCACCAAGUGUUCUUCCUAAGCCACCAAGCCACUGGGUACCUGUUUCUUUUAAACCUUCUGAUAAAGAAAUAAUGACAUUUCAGCUUAAAACAUUACUUAAAGUUCAGGCUUGAGAUGUAACUUUUUCUGGUUUUAAAGUUACUUAAAUUGACAGGGUUUCAAAUUUGAGAAUUGUUGUUCCUCACUCCAGCUGCACAGGUGUACAGAACUAGAUGUUCUUGCUGCAUGUAGUUAGUUACUUGGAAGAGAAGGGGGUGGAAGUUUACACUCCCCUCAUGUUUUACCUCAAAAGUUGUGUGCUGUGUUCACUGUGAAAUAGGUAUUUUCUCUAUAAUCAUCUAAUCAAAUCCAGAGCAGUCACCAUUAUUGUCUUGUAAAUGGGACUGUCUCCCACAGUUGUGAUUCUUAACUGGUAUGGCAGUAGCAAACCAGCUUUUACCUGACUUGCCCCAGCACUAGCUGGAAAAGAACCCCAAACCAACGCACUGGAAGCUUCUGUCAGGUACUUUGUUGCUUUCCAAACUUGCAUAAUAUUUGCCCGUUCAGUCAGAACUCUGCAGAGCAGAUUUGCCAAGCAGAGACCUCCCUCUUGGCACCAGCUAAAUCAGGUUGUUCUUGUGUUUGUACCUGUGAGCUUUAUCUGGCACUCUGGGAUGGGGGGGACAAACAUUUCAAGCCUGUGACUUAAAAUUGAUCUAGGAGAUAUUGGUGCAUGUUCUGGAAAAGCUGGAAGGAAACAUCAGGCUCAUCUGCAACUGCCUCUUCUCCAGCUCAGCUUCCUUGGAAUCCCCACAGGUCAGUCUGUGCCAACUGGUGACACUGCAGUGCCAGAUGACUGCCAGAAAAACUAAAAAAAGAAAAAAAAAUCCUUUCCCAUUGCACUCCUGAGCUCUAAAGUAGAUUUUUGUAUCAAGUAGUGAAAAAGGUGGAGUAGUUCCUUAGGCUGGUCUUAAAUUGGUUACCCCAGAAUGAUGGUUUCAAGUUACAGUAGCUUGUGGCAAGUAUUCAAAUGUUUUCAUAGGGAAGACAGAGCCAUGUAAAUAAAUGUAAAACUUUGUAGCAUAUGUAAAUUGAUGCUGGGCUUUCCUGCACAGACAUAUUUUUAGUACAAAACUGCUGAAUGUAAGAUGGCCAUGCUGAGCACGUGGCCUAAUUUAAAAAAGAUAUUUUGUUUAAAAAAAAAAAAAAGACAUUUGUGGCUGUGCCCUUGCACUUCACAUACAGUGAAUAUGCACAUUUUACUUGGUUGUGAGCUCAUUUUAAAGUAAACUCAGUGCAAAAGAGGCUUAUUUAGAUUUUUUUUUAAAUAAAAUAAAAAAAAAAACUAAAAAAAAAAAAAGCUGCUGAAGUUUGAAGAUACUCAUGUUCUGAAUGUAUAGGAGAGGUGUGUAUUAAAUGAUGGAAAAACACUAAGGUGUUCAAAAAGCCAUGUUUCCCAAGAAAUGCAAAUGGCUCAGAUUGGGUGCUUGAUGAAACGGAAGUACUUUAACAAUGUUUCUAAAAAAUUGCUACAAUGUUGUUCUGUCCCAAUAUUUGCUUAAAAUGUCAACUUCAGAGUGGGGACAGGGCAGCUUUCAGUUCUGUCCCCGAUCAGUUGAUUCUGUAAUGGAAACAACUGAGCUGUGAGAACAGAAUCUGAGGUGGUUUCAAAAUGCAGUAAUGACUUAAGAAUUGCUUUUAAGUUGAAAGGGAGUUCUACAGAUUGUGAAAUAUUCUUGGACGUGUCUUUUUGUGCAUUCAAAAUGCACUGGCAGCUGGUUGAAUGUUUACAAAUCCAUGGUUGUAAAUCAAGUUUAAUUGGCAGUGUUGAAACUUGGAAAUCUUGGUGACCUGGACCCUUGACCAGUGUGUGAGCUGUAUCCCAGUUACAACUGUAUCCUCGACUGCAAAUUGUCAGUUACUAAUGGUGUACCUACAAAUUGGAAACAAAAUUUUAAAUAAACUAAAAUUUUCACCCCCUAAAA